AUGGCGAUUGUGACGGCAGCGACAGGCGCGUCGAGACGAGGUCGAGUGCGCGCGUGGGAGGCUUCGAGGUUAUUAGAUGGACGUCGGUUCGGCGUCGCAGUCGCCAACGGGCAUGGUCACGCCGCCGGCCAGCAACAAGGAGUCUGGUGGUCUGGGAGACGGGACGGCACAGGCCAGGCCCAGGUCAAGACGGGACAGGACCGGACAGGACAACGAGGGGUCGGCGGCGUUGGUUGGUUGGGCGUCGAGUCGGACGUCGCUGGCUGGCUGGCCGCAGGCUGGUUGGCCGGGUUGGUCGAGGUGGCUGCGGCUGGAGUGUCGCGCGACAAACGGCCGAUGCUUUUGGCGAGGCACGACACGAUGUUUACUCGAGUUGCAUUGUGGGGGCAGCGACGGCGGCGACGGCGGCGGCGAUAA